GUUGUGAUAAACUUAUUAAAUAGAAUUAUGAUCUUACUAAUAGCCAUAGCAGCAUUAGCUGCUAUUACUAUCACAACAAAAACAACAGCAGAAACAAUCCUGCCCUUUGCCCCCUCAAUAGUGGACCUGCCGAAACUCAAAGCCUUCCAGAUGUCCGGUCCAGAAUUCAAUUUAAACUGCACACUUAACAUGCAGAAUAUCCCUACAGUUCAAUUCAAAUGGUUCUUUUCGAAGACGAAGGACGGACUGGAUCGAAAAGAAUUGAGAAAUGCAAAUGAAGGUUCAUACGAGUUGAGUGGGCCGAAGUUGACCCUGGAUUCGAACUGGCUAAAAUGGCAGGAUUUAAUGGGUUAUUACUGGUGUUGGGCUAGAAAUGACUAUGGAGAAUCGACAAGUAGCAAAAUUGAGGUGCUAACUACAAGGGAACGCAACCAGGAAGAAGUUCCAAUUGAGAAGCGAGUGAGGUUCGGGGAGAGUACGAGGCUGGAGUUCGGGUUUCCCCCUCUGCUGGAGACCGACUCCCCUGUUCAGAUCCAGUUUGCAAUCUCCCAACCAGACACAAGAACAGGAGCUAGGAUACUUAUGAAAGAAGACAAAUCCUUCAAAGACGGUCGAUUUGUCAUCGGGUCUAACUUCGACAUGUACGUGAUUGAGCCCAGACCCAGUGACACAUGUGACAUUAGGCAGCAGUUUAGAGAAUACGGCACUAAUCUGGACUUCCCUUAUAAGGAAAUUAAGUUCAGAGUAGAAAACCAGAACACAGACGGCGACAACAACGGAUUCUUCCAAGACAUGGCAAAAAUUUACCUCUUCGUAAGAGGUCAAGCAUCAUUCUUCACAUGCAUUCCAAAAGAAAAGAGAACAGUCCAUUUAAGAAAAGACGGAAGAACCCUGGAGUUACCAUUUAUGGAAGUGGGCUCAGUGAAUAGAGAAGAAACAUAUAGGACGGAUUACACGAUUUAUUUUGAUAAUCCCCAGGAAAGUGAUGCUGGGCAAUACACGUGUUACUAUGGGUCGGCGGAGAUUGACUAUCGAGUCAAGGUCAUUGGUCCCCCGAAAAUAAAGUGCAAACAUGAUGACCUUAUCAUCCGCUCCCCUGAAGAGAAUGUGUUCAUAGAAUGCGAAGUGUCGUCCGACUUCAUGAUCUUACAGAGACCCACCAUCAUUGUUAAUGGGACAAUGGAAAGACAAAAGAGAAUUCGCGAUUUCGAUUUUGAGAUCUUGGGCCCAUCCUACGACGAUAAAUACACAGUGAAGAUAACGGGGAAUAGACUAGACAAAUAUGACUCAACUGUGUUCCGCAUUGAAGUGAAGGCGGAAGAGAUGUCUAAGAAUGAAGUGUUGGAGAAACAAGGGUUGUCGCAAGAAAGUCAGAUGGGGGAGGUGCUGUUCAAUGACUUCCGAGUGCUUCCAUUUGACGCCAGAAGAGAGAUCAUUCUAUCUGUAUUGUCCCGAGUGCCUGAAAUCAUAGACCCAGAAGACGGUUGCAGUGUACUAGUGGGAACUAGGGACUUCGAGAUCAAAUUCACCAUCUUCGGAUCCCCAGUGCCGACUGUGAAGUGGUACAAAAAUGGACAGAGAGUCUAUCAGGGGGAUGAAUAUGAGAUGAGAAAGUCGAACGAUCUCUAUUUCUCACUCAUUAUAAAGAAAGUGACAGGAUCUGCAGUGUUCAAAGUGGAAGCACAAAACAGUCUCAGUGAGGGAAUCCCUCUCACACAUCUCUACACUCUAACAGCACAUCAGCCUCUAGUGAUGAGACCCCAUCUAAGCACAGAAGUCUUCUCAGUGGUCAACAAACCUGUCAAUGUCACAUGCGCUGCAAAACAAAAAGGAAAACGAGAGCAAAUGAACAAUGCACAAACGAUGGACAUAGUGUUCACGUGGUUCCUGGACGAACGCCAGAUGAUGCCAACACUCUCAAACAACAUCAGAGUGACAGAUUCGAGAGACAGAGAUGGUUACAAGGAAAGUGUGAUGCUAUUUGUGCCUCCGAGGAUUGACGCCUACCAUGUGAGGUGUAUGGCUGGACUGGGCAGACUGGAUAAUUUGACACAUGAGAUCAGAUUGAUCACUGGAGAGGCGCCCGAAGCCCCGAUCGACUUGCAAUACGAAGUGUCGCGACAAGUGUUCUCCUGGAGAUCCCAGCGCCAAGACUCCUUCAAAGUGGACGUGUUAGAAUGGGCUCCUUUGUUUGCAGAAUCAGACUCGAGAGAUAGCACUGCUGCUUUUAAAGUGUACAAUGAGACGACACAGAAACUUCCGAUUUCUGCCGAUUCCUAUUCACGAGGCCUGACGAGCAAUUCUAAUUUUCGCCAAUUCGUAGGAAGUUCGGGACCGUUUAUGAAAGUAGAGUUGAAGAAAUUGACAACACCUGAUAAAGAGUUCAGACCUGGAGUGAAUUACGCAUUCAAAGUGAAGACAGUGAACAACUAUGGACCCAGUGAAUACUCACAGUGGACUUAUCAUCGCACGGCCGACGCAGUGCCAACAAAGAUGAUCGAGAGUCUUAUCAUCCAACCUGACAAGGAGGACAAGAGCAAGAUAUUCGUCUCAUGGGCGCCGUUUCCUCGAGACCAGUACAACAGCUACAGCUCAGUGGGGUGCUGUAUCAAACUAGUCAUUGGAAACAACAAUGGACAGAAGAUCAACUUGAACUGUGUAGACCCCAGGUCCAGAGGAGUGACCACUGGAUGGAGUGGCAUGCCGCCUUAUACACAGCACAGAGCAGAAGCAUGGUUCGCCAAUCAACAAGGGGAGGUGCAGAAACGAGCUAGAACUACGGGAUACAAUGCAGCUGCAGAACCCAACUUCUACCCAGAAAUAAUCGAAGACGAAGACUCUAAAGAACCGCGCCAGAUAUCAGUGAAGUUCAAGGCCAUGGCACAAGAAGACAUAAAUGGACCCUUUCUUGGAUAUAAACUUGAGAUAUUCGAUAGUGAGACGAAGAACCAUAUCAGUGAUAAGUUGGAUCGAGAUAUGGGAUUCAGUGGAGAAGUUAAAACACUUACUGUCACAGGUUUGUUGCCGUACACUGAUUACGAAGUGGUGUUGUCGGUGCUGAAUCGUGAGUUCUCAAAAGGGAGUCCGCCUUGGACACAGAAAACCUAUGCAGCAAAGCCAGACACCAUUUCAACUGUGGAUCUAAUGAUUCACCAGUCACCCAAAGGUGUUCACGCAUUCUGGCUUCCCCCGAACCGCGUCAACGGCGAGUUCGAAAGAUACGAAACAAGACUGGAACCCAAAUCCAUUAGCGAAUCAAACUACUUCCAAAACACAUUCGAACCACAACUGGAUUUAACCGGAUAUUUUAUGUCGGAUAGGGAGCACAUGUUGAAGUUGAUAGGUCACACAUUUGAAUUUGUGGUCGCGACUAAGAACACGCUUUUCAUUGGUGAUGAGACCUCAAAGAUGUUCACGUUGCAGAAUGCAGAGAAAUUACCCCCAGACACACCCCGUCCGCCUGAAGUGGACUGUCAGUCGCCGGCUUUCAACUUGACAGUCUCGUGGAACUUCAAACACUUCGGACAGUAUGCAUCCACGCACUACAUCAAGUACAGAUAUGCAGGUGCUAGCGACAGCAAUAGCAAUAACCACAACACAAACAACGCCAAGUUCGAACUGAUGUGCAAGUACAUCUCAAUUGGCGACUUCGACCAGGAGUGUGUAAUCCCAGUUAGAGUGCAGGCAGCCUCUUAUGAUAUCCACCUGGUGGCUAGGAAUGAGAACGGAGAGAGUGUGUCAGAAGCUGUACAUUGCACUACAGUAGCACCGUAUACCGUGAUCGCUGCUAAGCAGACGGAGGGGAUCGUGCGUGCAGCCAAUGUGCCUCUCUUCUUCGCCUUCCUGGCCCUCAUUCUGCUGAUGGUGGUGGCAGUGUUAGGCAUCAUCUACUGGAGGAAGAAUAGGAGUCACCCCUAUAGAGUGCGUGAGCAAGAAAUGAAAUUCAGGCCUAAAGACGCUCCUUCAUUCCCGAGGAAAGAUGACACAGCUCGCUUUGACGAAUACCACCCAGACUUAUUUGGGAAACAUCCAAUGUGGGAUACGAACCCAAGAAUCCCACUCAUGCCUUCAUACACGCCUAGACCUAGUGGAUCUCGGAUAGAUUUAGACGCUGAUAGUUAUGACGACGAUGAAGAUAUGCUUGGUGGAUUCGAUGAAGAUGGAUCGUUUUUGGAAGCCUAUGGAAGAGGUGCAAUGGAUCCACCAACAGAACUUAAUACUUCAGUUUAGAAAAUCACCUGAAAACUGAAAUGUAGUUGAUUUUUCGUAGCUUAUUACAGCGUGAAACAUCAAAAUAAGAAGUUUUCACCAGAGUUUUUCGAUCACGUUUUCUUCACGAAAAUGUGAAAAAUGAACGAUGAGUUGUUGUUCAUGAAAUGGAACCAAAAUUUGAGGAUUUAUUAAAUGAAGAUAAAUUGAGUUCGAUAAAAAAUAUCACUGCUUUCGCUAGAAUUUAGUUGUUUAUAUAAGUGAAUUUACAAAUGCUUAAUUUGUUUCUUCGCAUUUACCAAAUGUUGCAAUUGCUACAAAAAGGUGCAUAAAUGAUUACAUAAAUCACUGAAAAUAAAAGAAUUAUAAUCUUUUCCUUAAAUGUGGUCGGUUUAAUGUCGUUUUGAAGACUUGCCUGGAUUUUUUUCAAUAAAUCCGGACAUGAUUUCUUGUGUUUUGUAAUACCAAUUUAAUUCGAAAAAUUUUUUGGAAGUGUAUUAUGAAAAUGAUGUAAACUACUCUUCGCAUAGGAUGUAAUCUUACGCCUUCGUUUUGAAAUUGGGACCGUUACAAUUUAAAUUGGUCUCUGAAAUAGUGUCACCAUUUUCAGGAAACAACCAUAAUUUUCCAAUAUUGUAUUAAGCUAGUGCCGCUUAUUCCAUGUGUUAAUUUUCUAUUUCUCUGUGCAUUAAUUUUUAUAAAGUGUUGCAUUCAUUUGCCAUUCUGUUCUUAAGUUAAAUAAGAGUUCAUAAUUUUAGAUUAGAUGUUUUUGUUCAAACUGCUUGUUAAUUUGAAUAACUAAUAGAAAUAAAUAGAAAUCAUUCCAUUUGUGAAGUAAAGUUUGAAUUGUGUAUGCGACAGUUUUAAAUAAACAAACUUCUGAAAAAUAUAAACUGUCCUUUCCUUGAUAAUUCUGACUCCAAUCAGUAUAAAGUUGUUUAGAAAUUUCGAAUUUAUACUUUUGUUCA